AUGACUACAACUGAGACCACGAUUCGAAAGUAUGCCGAAGAGCGGGCAAAGCGUCUUGCCGCUGUGCGCGCUGAAGAGUACGCAAGCUUCCGUGAUGACCACAAGCUACACGACCUUGCGGGAGAUCCCUUCAUUGACUACGACAAUUUAGAGAAGGGGAAGCCGCUAAAGGAUGGCAAUGAGAUUAGAUUUCUUGCCAUCGGGGCCGGAAUCAGCUGUGUUUUGUUCGCUCAUAGGCUCGUCAAGGCCGGUUUUCAAGCUCAAGACUUUAUUGCGGUAGACACAGCAGGCGGUUUUGGCGGAACGUGGUACUGGAAUCGAUACCCCGGUGCCAUGUGCGACGUUGAAGGCUACGUGUAUCUUCCUCUAUUAGAGGAGACAGGCUACAUUCCCAAGCACAAGUACUCAUACGGCAGCGAGAUCCGACAACACCUGGAGAACGUCGCUAGUACCCUGAAAAUUCGAGGAAUGUUUGGAACUACUGUUCAGAGCCAGCAAUGGGAUGAGAAAGCCGGUCGUUGGAUCGUGUCGAUGAUGCAGAACCGUGGGCCCAACCGAGAUCCUGUCCAUAUGACAGACAAGGUCGUCGGUAUUAUCGGCAGUGGGGCUACCGCUAUCCAAGUUGUGCCCGAAGUCGCGAGAUGGGCAAAGAAGCUCUACGUGUCCCAGCGCACUCCUACGUACGUCUCCGAGCGCGCACAGAAAGAGACGGACCGAGCGAAAUGGGCAUCAGACGUUGCGAACAAGAAGGGUUGGCAAUACGAACGAAUAGACAACCUCAAUCGCUCUCUAACGAAUGACCCUCCCGAAAAGGAUCUUUGCAACGAUGGCUGGAGCGAAUGCCACGCCUUUGCUGGUAUUAUUGGGUCGCCAAAACCAUAUGCUGGAACCGAAGAGGAGUCAUUGGCUUCGCUCAUCGAGACUGAUCGACCUUGCGCCGAGCGAGUUCGCAGACACAUCGAAGAUCAAGUCAAUGAUAAGUCUGUUGCCGAGAAGUUGAAGCCAUGGUACGAGGUGUGGUGCAAACGACCUGCCUUCCACGAGGAAUACCUCGCUUCUUUCAACCGACCUAAUGUCGAACUGGUCGAUACAGAUGGCCAAGGGAUUGAGGGCUACACCUCCGAGGGAGUUCUUGCCAACGGAGCUCAGGCAUAUCCCCUGGAUCCUUUGAUUCUCACCACUGGCUUUCAAAGCCUAACAUUUGGAGAUGGGUCGCCAUCCGGACAGACAGGUUCCACAUUCAUUGGUCGCGAUCGACGAGACAUCACCGAAAAGUGGAAUGGAGAAGAAGCUGGCUCCUUGUUUGGUGUCGCUACUCAUGGCUUUCCCAACUUGUUCUUCGCUACUUUCUCCAACUUGGGCACCUCGCCAAACAUUGCGUCGGUUUACGUGAAUGCAGCGGAUGUCGUUGCGCACAUCAUCUCCACGGCUACUAAGAAUGCCCCCAUUCCCGCAAGAACGGUCAUUGAGGUUACCAGAGAGGCCGAGGAAAGGUACAUUCAGCAGAUGAUUGAACGUGUGGGCUGGACAGCGCUCUCGCAAGGAUGCACUCCCGGGUGGUUCACUGGCAAUGCUAAGCUUUUGAAAGAAGGAAUGGGUGUGUCGAAUUUGGCCUGGGGAACUGGAAUCGUCGACCAUCGUAGGAUGCUAGAUAACUGGAUGGCAAAGGGCAAUCUUGAUGGGCUGAUAGUCACAUCGGCACCUGAGUAG